AGUGUAAUAAUUGGAACAUUGCUGAGCUUACCCAUAACCUGUUUUAUUGGUUUCGGAUCCUUAAUAAGCGGCUACAUUGAGCCUCCAUUAGAGCUGAAAGCUAACAACUGCUCCUCUUUCGAAGGGAUUUCAAAUGUGACAGAUUGCUGUGAAGUAAAAAACAAUUUUACAUCAGAGUUCACAUCAGCAUCUCAUGCUAAUGAUCUCAACGUAUGCAAUAAAAGUUAUUCUUAUAAAUGGUUAUUAGAUAAACACAGCUUAGUUCAUACUGGUGAGAAACCCUUCCCUUGUGGUGCAUCUACUAAAAGUUUCAAAACAAAAUUUGAAUUAACACAUCAUAUGACUGUUCAUCUGACUAACAGUGACAAACCAUAUUCUUGUAAUGUGAUAAAAGAUUUUUGUCAACAACUCAACUAA